CCUGGCAAAACAAAUAGUAAAAUUAUGCUGCCAAUCUGAAAGAAGUUUACCAAUAAUUGCUGCUAUUAAGAACUAUGAAGAUGGUCACAAAUUAAGAAAUAUCCAAGCUUUUCGUGAUCUUGAGAAUGAUGACUGA